AUGGCCGAGGCGCAGGAGCUACUGCUGCAGCUGCUGAAGGACAACCGCGACGGGCGCCUGCGGAAGCAGGAGCUGGAGGAGCUGGUGCGCGGGCUGGAGGCCGAGAGCGAGAGCCUCACAGCGCGCCUGCACGACCUGAGCGAGCGCGAGCGCAGCCUGCAGAGGCAGCGGAGCCAGGCGGUGCGGUCCCUGCGCGGGGAAGCGAGCGAGGCGGCGCGGGAGCGCGCAGAUCGGGCGCGCCAGCGGCUGGAGGCUGCGGAGCAGCACAAGCUAGACCUGGAGCAACAAAACCGUCAGCUGCAGGAGCAGUGGGAGGAGCUGUCAAGCCAGCUCUUUUACUAUGGAGGAGAACAACUGAGUCAGCAGCGCGCAGAGCAGCAACUCGGGACCCAACUGGUGGCUUUGCAGAAACAACUGGAGCUGGUGGAGGCCAAGCACGCCAGGCAGGCGGAGGCCCUGCGGCAGAGCGCACAGCGGAUGGAAGAGGCCUGGGUCAGCUUCCAGGAGCAGAGCGGAGUCUUGCAGGAGCUGCAGGGGAAGGUGAUGGAGGCGGCGACUGCGCUGGACGCCUCGCAGGGCGGCGGGGAGCCGUGCGAGUCGCAGCCUGGCCAGGGGCAGGGAUGCGCGGGCUCGCUCAUGGAGGAGGUGGCCAAAGCGGACUGUGAGAAGCGGCUGUUCUGUGGCGCGGGCGCGGCGGGCAUCAGGCUGUGGGCGCUGGGCGCGCUGCAGACGCUGCUGCUGCUCCUGCUGGGCGUCGUGGCACUGCCGCUGCUCUACCUGGCGCUGGUGAACCCCUCGGCCCUCCGCCGCGGGCUCAUGCGACCCGGCUCGGACGCCGCUAUCCGUCGCCUGCGCUACACGCUGGCCCCGCUGCUGGAGCUGCGCGCGCGCGGACUGCUGCCCGCCUAG